AUGAGGACGUUACUGAUAUUAUCGCUAUGUGCGGUCACAGCUUACGCACAGUUCGAUGGCCCUGCACCGCCAAGGCUACAGAUUCCUGGCGCGGUCCAAGUAGGAGGUUCGAGGCAAGGCGGUUUUAGGCAAGGCAGAAUCCAAGCUGCUCCAAUCCCUAUUGCCCGAGUGAGAAGGCCAGGCCUCGCAAGACCAUCAUUCAAAUCCGUUGACGCUGCGCCGCGGCCGAGUCUGCAGUCUUUAGAAGAACCAGCAAAACCAGUCACUGAAGAACCAGAGGACGAAAUAGAAAUCAACACUCCAACAGCAUAUGGCAAUGCUUAUUCAACCCCCGAACCACAAAACGACUAUUUCGAUAUUACAACGACAUCCCAACCAAAACCCCCUAGUGCCUUUAAUUCUUCACCAUUUGCGCAAACAACCCCGUCAUUACCUAAACUCGAAAACGUAAGACCAACGCAAUACCGCCCACUCCUACCACAAUCGUUUAUUCCAAUCAGAAACGAACCAAGGCCACAACCAGUCAGGUUGCAACCUUUAUCCAGCAGACCUCAGCGCCCAGUUCUUCGCCCUGAACCAAAACCAUUUGCGGAUGAAGAUGAUAUUCAGCCCGUCAGACAAUACAAUAGACCGCAAGAACCAAUCCGUGCAGCGCCUGUCAAAGCUGCACCUCAGAAAUACUCUCCUUCGAACAACAGGGAAAAGAAGCCAGUCUCACAAAUUAUCCGUAAAUACAGAGAAGAAAACGAAGACGGCAGUAUUACUUGGGGUUUCGAAAAUGACGAUGGUACUUUCAAAGAAGAAAUUAUAGGAAAUAAUUGUAUUACAAGGGGCAAAUAUGGUUACAUCGAUCCAGAUGGUUUGAAAAGAGAAUACAACUAUGAGACCGGUAUUGCUUGUGACAACACAAGAGAUGAGCAAAACCAAAAAGGCUUUAUUGACUACCAGGAAAACAAGGCAGUAUUACCAAACGGUAUUACAAUUGAUCUCAAUGCUAUGGGGAAGAAGUCGAAGAGGCCAUUCAGAUCACCAACUAAUCACUAG